AUGAUGGACGAGGACGAGAAGGCUAAUCAUGCCACCACCACCCACACCUCUUCCGAUAACCACAAAACAUCUAGACGAGAGCGCUUCAAGGGUGCCCUGGCGCGGACAAAGAGCAAGUUCAAGAAACAUUUGGACAGGAGUGAAGAGUCGGACGAUAUCCUCAGUGACGACGUGCAGGAGUUUCUAUCGGCAGGCCGAACCUCUACUUCUAGUUGGACUUCCGGCCAUGAAUCACACGCAUCGUCCAACAACCCUGAACUGGGUCCCAUAUCCGAGUCAGCCAACGCUCGAACCUCGCAGCAUGAACAGUUCUCAAGACCCUCGACGGCGGACACAGACUCCUUUGCUGUUAGACCUAGACAGUCGCCGAGACGGGUUCCCGUGCCAGUGCCGCGCAUCGAUGUGUCGAAGUCCCAGAGGUGGCCUGCUGCCCAGCCUAUCGGUAUACUGCACGAGCGUCAGGAAGGCAAAUCUGCUGAAUAUCUCCGUCCCGCAACCCAUACUCGGAGUCAAUCAGCAAGUUCGCUAGCGAAGCGAAAAGGGCGUGGGCGAGGACUAAGUGUCACCUUCAUCGAAGCUCCGCCGGUCAUCAUCGGGGAAGGCGGUGACGAGGCUCUUAUCCCUCCAGUGGAGAUAUCCAAAGCCAGAGCGAGGGCGAGGGCCAGGUCUUUCUCACCAGUCGAAAGUCGUUCUCAAUCAUACCAGGGCCCCAGCUCAACAGACAAUCCGGCAGCAUCGGCAAACAAUCCGCAUACUCAAAGAGGCCUGCCACAUCGACCCGACAUGCCGGAUAUACUGCGACCUAGGGGGUUGCGCAGGGUGCAGACAGGAGCGGAACCGGCCACCACCUCAUCGCCUUUGGACAAAGAGUUCGAGAUGACUCUAGGCUUGGGAAACCGAGGACGCGCGGCAGCUGGCCAAGAUAACCCCCCUCAAGCGACGCAGAUACUUGCACCAAGACCUAUGCGUCCUGUCCGUCCACCACAACCUAUGCCAGAAGCGCUGGAUCAUCCUAUACUUAGAAAGGAGCCGGCCAAGGACGAUCUACAAGCGCCAUUUAGAGAAGGAGACAUGCUGCGUCUGCAUCUUGAGAGGGAUGCAUCAAUUCUUGCGGACGACAAUACCUCAAGUACGGCGUCGAGCAGAAGAAACACCGUCGAAGGGCAUCAGCCAUCUCAAUGGAUCUGA